AUGGAUACUUGUUGCUCAGUACCUAGACCACCAAAACCUGCGGCACCAGUGCCUCAAUCAAAAGCUGAAGCGGGCCGCCUUGAUAGGCUCCGAGAAAUGCUUCCUCCUCCCUUCACUGUUCAUACUAGCUUGGUAUUUAAUCCCAUAACGUUAGAGUUUGAUGAGGACUUGUCUCUGAGAAUAGAUCCAGCAACUGGUCUUAUCACUAAGAUCAUCAAAAAUUCAAAGGACAUCAUAAAAGUGGAAAAAGGAGACAUUGACUUGCGUGGCAAAAUUGUUCUUCCGGGAUUUGUUGACGCUCACACUCACAUAUUUCUGCACUCGUACGAUGAAGCGGACAUCGCCAAACAGACUCGAGACGAAAGCUUUGUAGAAAGAAUACUUCGAGCCACCAAUCAUUGUGUUUCAGCGUUAUUAGCUGGUUAUACCACCUAUCGUGACUUGGGCUCUGAAGGAAUGGAGGACGCCGAUGCAAACUUUCGCGAUGCUAUCAACAGAGGCAUUAUUGUCGGCCCUAGAUUAUUCGUUGCAACUAAGGUACUCGCAUCAGUUGCCGGAGUCAUGACGCAUACCGAGAACAAAAUUGGCGGUACUCGGAUUCCCGACACUAGUGAAGCGUGCGAUGGAGAAGUCGAGAUUCGAAAGGCCGUUAGGAGAAGGUUGGGGAUGGGGUGCGAUGUUGUGAAAUUCUUUGCUGAUUACAGAAAACGUGUAAUGAGAUUUCCACCCGCCACACCCCACCCAUAUCUGUCUUCGGUCAUGUUUCCUCCAGACAUACCAAAUCCAGAUGUGGUGCUUUAUACUCAAGAGGAGGUAAACGUCCUGUGCGAGGAAGCAAAAAAUGCAGAUUGUCCAGUCGCCGCCCACUGUGCAACAAACAGAGCAGUUCAGAUGGCUGCAAAAGCUGGGGUCAAUACUCUGGAACACUGUUACUGGUGUGAUCUCGAGACUCUUGCAAUCGUGAAAGAGAACAAUUGCAUCAUGGUACCAACAUUGACAAUUGCAGAAAAUCUAUUUGGAACCAAUUUCCAAGCAAUUUUAAAGAAAACUUAUAAUGCUUGGAGGAUGGGUAUAAAUCAGGCUUGUGGUGGCGAUACCGGAACGUUCAAUCAUGGCCAAAAUAUUCGGGAAGCAGAGCUUUUCAUUGAAGCCGGGAUCCCAUUAACCCAUACGCUCCGCUCAUUGACGUUCAAUGGAUGGCUUGCAUGUGGAGGACAUAGCUGUGGAAGAAAGUUUGGAUGGAUUGGAGAGGGCUGUGCAGCUGAUAUUGUUGCCUUGAAUCGUGAUCCGCGUGAGGAUCUGACCGCUCUUAGAGAUAUAUCUUUUGUCAUGAAGGACGGCAGAGUAUAUAAGAAAGAGGGAAAGAAGACGUUCUAG